CUGUGGCUUUGGAUUCUUCUUGCAAAUCGUGCUUGCCAGCUUUUACUUGGUAAAUUAGUGUUAUGGCUGAAAGGGUAUAAAAUCUAGCUAAAGAAAAUUUAUCAUUAAAAUAAUACAAGAGAAAUUUCAGACCAAAAAUCAUACAUCUUCCCCAAAAAAACCAGUUUUUGGCAUCUGGGUUUUUUGAUCCAUCUGGCUUGAGAGAGAGAGAGAGAAGAGGGAGAAAAAGAUGAUGGAGAAUCGAGUGGUGAUGGUGGCUCUGCUGACACUCUGCAUUGUAGGACUGGAGCCAAGGUUCAUCAAUGGAGCCACCGAUUCAUCCGACACGUCGGCGCUAAACACCAUGUAUAGCAGUAUGAAUUCUCCAUCACAGCUAUCUGAAUGGAAGCCAUCGGGUGGUGAUCCUUGUGGGGAGCACUGGAAAGGCGUGACCUGUUCCGGUUCACGAGUUACAGAAGUAAAGCUACCAAAUCUUGGGCUUUCUGGAUCACUUGGAUACAUGCUUGAUAAGUUGUCCGCUGUUACUGAGUUUGAUCUCAGCAACAAUAACCUUGGAGGUGAUUUGCCAUAUCAACUUCCUCCGGCCGUACAGAGACUGAAUCUUGCUAAUAACCAAUUCACAGGAAGCGCUCAGUAUUCCAUUUCUUUGAUGGCAUCCCUUAAAUACCUAAAUCUUGCUCACAACCAGUUCAAAGGGCAAUUGGCCGUUGACUUCACUAAGCUCACUUCCCUCACUUUCCUGGAUCUCUCUUCAAAUUCUUUCUCGGGUUCUCUACCUAGCAGCUUUACCUCUCUCACGAGUAUAAAAUCAAUGUAUCUUCAGAACAACCAGUUCACGGGUACCAUCGAUGUCUUAGCCAGCCUUCCUCUUGAAAAUCUGAAUAUUGCAAAUAACCAAUUCACUGGCUGGAUCCCAGACUCUCUGAAGGGCAUUAACUUGCAAAAAGAUGGUAACUCGUUUAACUCGGGACCUGCCCCUCCACCGCCACCAGGUACGCCUCCAAUCCAUAGAUCCCCGAGCCACAAGUCCGGAGGGGGUGAACAGGGGUCUAAUGGUGAUUCCAGUAACAGUAAAUCUGAGAAAUCGGGGAUUGGAGCUGGUGGGAUAGCCGGCAUAAUUAUCUCAUUGUUAGUUGUUGGAGCCGUCGUGGCUUUCUUUCUGUUCAAGAAAAAAAGAUCUAAGAGGGCAUCCACAGACAUCGAGAAGACUGAUAACCAACCAUUCACUCUUGCGUCAAAUGAAUUUCACGAGAAUAAGUCUGUGCAGAGUUCCUCGUCGGUUGAAGCCAAGAAACUCGACACGUCAUUGUCAAUUAAUCUCCGCCCUCCCCCAGCUGACCGACACAAAUCAUUUGAUGAAGAAGAUUCCACAAGGAAGCCCGUUAUUGUGAAGAAAACAGCCGUGGUUCCUUCAAAUGUGAAAGCUUAUUCAGUUGCAGAUCUCCAAAUAGCCACUGGCAGUUUCAGCUCAGAGAAUUUUCUCGGAGAAGGGACUUUUGGGCGUGUAUACCGAGCUCAGUUUGAUGACGGAAAGUUUUUUGCUGUGAAGAAAAUAGAUUCUUCGGCUCUCCCUGUUGACAUGGCUGAGGAUUUUACGGAAAUAGUUUCGAAGAUUGCUCGAUUGGAUAAUCCAAAUGUAAUCAAGCUCGUUGGCUACUGCUCUGAACACGGGCAACACCUUCUGGUUUACGAGUUCCAUAAGAACGGCUCAUUGCAUGACUUUUUACAUCUAUCAGAAGAAGAAAGCAAACCACUGAUAUGGAAUUCACGCGUCAAGAUCGCCCUUGGUACUGCACGGGCACUAGAAUACCUGCAUGAAGUUUGCUCACCAUCUGUUGUCCACAAGAAUAUCAAGUCGGCCAAUAUUUUGCUUGACUCGGAAUUGAAUCCUCACCUCUCAGACUCUGGUCUUGCAAGCUUCCUCCCCACUGCCGACGAGGUAUUGAACCAGAACGAUGAAGGAUCAGGAUACAGUGCACCCGAAGUUUCUAUGUCUGGUCAAUAUUCUAUGCAGAGUGAUGUUUACAGUUUCGGGGUAGUAAUGCUUGAACUUUUAACCGGGAGAAAGCCAUUCGACAGUGCGAGGCCGAGGUCUGAACAGUCAUUGGUCAGAUGGGCAACACCUCAGCUCCACGAUAUCGAUGCUUUGAGCAAAAUGGUCGAUCCAGCUCUCAAAGGGCUUUACCCGGUUAAGUCUCUCUCCCGUUUUGCAGACGUUAUCGCCCUCUGUGUCCAGCCUGAGCCAGAGUUCAGACCACCAAUGUCAGAAGUGGUUCAAGCUUUGGUGGUUUUGGUGCAGAGAGCUAAUAUGAGCAAGAGAACCAUCGGAGUCGAUCAAUCUCAACGCUCCGGUAGCAACGAGGCUAACGACUACAUGUAAAUUCCUUACCGGAAAAAAAAAACAAACCUAUACUCUUACCUUUUUGCAUCUUUGCUCGGAUUCUGGGUCGGAUAAAGUCAGAGACAGGGAGACAGAACAGAGUUUUUGUUUCACGAAACUGAAGAAAACAUCACAAUUCCCAAAGCCAUUGUACAAUCCCAUGCCCUCUUGUAAUAUGUUCCCUGUUUUCUUGAGCUUUUUAUAUACAUUCCAACAAGAACAUCAUCCCCUUUGUGUAACCCCAAGUCGGUUUCCCUUGUCUUUUUUUUUCAUUGUC